GUAAAACAUACGACACCCACUGACAAUUUCAAUUCUCUCACACAAGUGACUUAGUCAAAAACUAAAAAAAGUUUUCCCUCUGCACAAUUUCAAUUCUCUCUCACGAGGUUGUUGCCUUGUUGGUAUUUAUAUAUACUUCUUUCACACUUCAUUUUAUUUAUCUUCUCAACUCAACUUCACUUUCCACCAUGAUCACCAAGCUCUCAAAAAUGCAUUCUUCAACUUGAAUUCUUGGUGGGGUUUUCACUCUCUUGCUCCUUCUGGAAAUGUAUACAUUGAUGUUUUGCUAGUUUCAUAAAAAUUGGAGAAUCAUCUAGGAAACAUGGCUCAUUUUGAAAAAGAUGAGGUGCCAAUGCUGUCAGAAACACAUGCUCAACUAUCUGAUGAAGUUGUGGAUUCUAAUUUCCGAAGGCUUGUAUCUAGGACACAAAGUGCUUCAAUUUCUAUUCCUAUGGCCUCCUUGGAAUCAUAUGAGAAAGAAACUAGUCUUGUGGGACAUACUGGUCCACUUCGUAGUGUGAGAAAAACCCCCUUUGUGCAGAUGAGUGGUCCACUGUAUGCUACCAAUGGAACUGGAAAUCUUUCACGACAGAAUAUAGUUGCGACACGAACCAAAGUAGUGGAGAGCAAGACAGAAAAGUUUUCUACUUUCAAUGGCACAGAUGAAAAUCAUUGGGAUAACGACUACAAUAGAAAGAAUGAGCACUUAAUGAGGUCUGGGCAACUUGGAAUGUGUAAUGAUCCUUAUUGUACUACUUGCCCCACUUAUUUCAAGGCUUCUCAGCCAAGAGCCCGGAGAACUUCAGCUAUAUUUGAUCCCAAGUUCCACAAUAAUCUUUAUGGGGAUGCCAAGGGUUUUGGAAGAAAACUUUAUUCCUUCUUCUCUUCAUAUGUUCCUGGAGUUAUGAAUCCUCAUGCAAAAUUUGUACAACAAUGGAACAAGAUUUUGGCCAUUUUUUGCUUGGUGGCAAUUUUUGUUGAUCCAUUAUUUUUUUUCUUAAUCUAUGUGAAGAAGGAUGAUAAAUGUAUUGCUAUCAAUUGGACAAUGACAACAACACUUGUUUUAUUUAGAAGCAUUAAUGAUUUGAUAUAUUUCUUUAACAUUCUUGUACAGUUUAGGUUGGCUUAUGUUUCUCCUGAGUCAAGGGUAGUAGGUGCUGGAGAUUUAGUUGAUCAUCCCAAGAAAAUUGCUCUUAAUUAUCUGAAGGGUUUUUUUUUCAUUGACCUAUUUGUUGUAUUGCCUCUACCUCAGAUAAUGAUAUCAUUUGUCCUACGAAAGUACAUGGGAAUAUCAGGAGCAAAUUUUGCUAAAAAUCUUCUGCGUGCAGCAAUCCUUUUGCAGUAUUUUCCCAGAUUAUUCAGGUUUCUGCCUCUGCUAAUUGGUCAGUCUCCUACAGGAUUCAUAUUUGAGUCAGCCUGGGCAAAUUUCAUUAUAAAUCUUCUUUUUUUUAUGCUAUCUGGCCAUGUUGUUGGUUCUGGCUGGUACCUCUUUGGUCUGCAGAGGGUUAAUCAAUGCUUGCGAAAGGCCUGCCAACAUUCUAAUAUUACUGGAUGCUCAGCAUUUAUUGAUUGUGGCAGUGACCGUGCAUCUGACCAGUCAGAACUGUGGAACAAAAAUGUAAAUGCCACUGCUUGUUUGGAUUCCAGUUCCGGUGCUUUUCCAUAUGGGAUCUAUGUACAUGCUGUACCACUUACUAUAGAAACUAGGGUGGUCAAAAAAUAUGUAUUUGCACUGUUUUGGGGCUUCCAGCAAAUCAGUACUCUGGCUGGUAAUCAAACCCCAAGCUAUUUUGAGUGGGAAGUACUUUUUACAAUGGCCAUCAUAGGAUUGGGACUCUUGCUUUUUGCACUUCUCAUUGGAAACAUACAAAACUUUCUUCAGGCUCUUGGACGCAGGAGGCUAGAAAUGCAACUUAGAGGUCGUGAUGUUGAGCAAUGGAUGAGCCAUCGUCGCUUACCCGAAGAUCUAAGAAGGAGAGUACGUCAGGCUGAACGAUAUAGUUGGGCAGCAACAAGGGGAGUGAAUGAAGAAAUACUUCUGGAGAAUUUGCCAGAAGAUCUCCAGACAGACAUAAGACGUCAUCUCUUCAAAUUUGUUAAAAAAGUUCGAAUCUUUUCCCUGAUGGAUGAGCCUAUCUUAGAUGCCAUUUGUGAGAGACUAAAACAAAAGACGUACAUCAAAGGAAGUAAAGUUUUGAGUCAGGGUGGUCUUGUAGAGAAGAUGGUCUUUGUUGUACGUGGGAAAUUGGAGAGCUUUGGAGAUGAUGGAACUAUAGUUCCCUUAUCUGAAGGGGAUGCUUGUGGUGAAGAACUUCUGACAUGGUAUCUUGAGCAUUCUUCCGUAAGCACAGAUGGUAAAAAAUUAAGGGUUCAAGGGCAGAGGUUUCUGAGCAACAGGACAAUAAGAUGCUUAACAAAUGUGGAGGCAUUUUCACUGCACGCUGCAGACCUUGAGGAACUCACAAUUCUUUUCACAAGAUUCUUGCGGAACCCUCAUGUUCUAGGAGCACUAAGGAAUGUAUCACCUUAUUGGAGAUCCCUUGCAGCAAACCGUAUUCAAGUUGCAUGGAGAUACAGGAAGAAGCGUCUAAGUCGUGCUAAUACCUCGCAAUCAAAUCAAACAUUGAUGUCAUAGGUUGUACUGUAAUAUCUUAUUAUUUGCUACACUUUGUCAUAGGUUGUACAAUUACAAAAUAUCUUCGAUAGUUUCACUUAUUUCCAUGUACAAAUGUUCCUUCUAAAAGUAAAUAGUCUAAUAAUAAUCAUGCUUUCUUAGUGUAAAAA